AUGGCCACCCUCAUCGCGAACGGUGUCCACACAGAAAACGAUCUCUUCUACUCGACAAACUUGCAGAAUAUAGAUGCAGCCCAGUUCCGUCUCCCAUGGUACUAUCGCACAGAAAUCAAAUCUGAAGUUGCUAUCGAGGGUAACUACUGGUACACCCUUCGAACCAACGGCAUCAGCUCGCGUGCUGAGAUCUAUCUGAAUGGCAAUCGUGUUGCAGACAAGAACACUCAGGCUGGAGCAUACGGUGGCUUGGAAUACGAUGUUACUGACACCUUGCACGUUAACAAAACAAACGUCUUAUUGAUCAAAGUGUAUCCAACCGACUACAACCGCGACUUUGCACUAGGCUUCGUGGACUGGAAUCCGUAUCCGCCGGAUAAUGGAACGGGUAUUUGGAGAGAUGUCGAGUUGAAGAAAUCGGGACAGGUCGGGUUGAGUACACCACGUGUGACGACUAUGCUCAGCGGCGACAUCACGGUUUAUGUGGACGUCAAGAAUCUCGCGAAGAAUGCAUCUGCUAUCGGCGCUCUGCAAUGCUACAUGUACGACCCCGAUGGUCAGAAGAUUGGUGAGCCAGAAAUUGCAUUUGACCUCAAACCCAGAGCGCAAGAAGAGCUCAAAGUCAACGCCACGGUGCCCAACCCGCAAAGCUGGUGGCCAAAGCAAUGGGGAAACCAACCACUUUACAGUGUCCAGUGCAACGCAACAAUCCAAGGAGAAAACCAAACCUCCGAUACCACAACCACCAAAUUCGGUAUCCGCACAGUCACCUCCACCCUAAACACCAUAUACAACGACACCACCUUCUUCAUCAACGCCCAGCCCUUCCAAGUCCUCGGUGCCGGCUACACCUCCGACAUAUUCCUGCGCUUCGACGAAUCCAAACUCCGCACCCAAUUCGAAUCCACCCUCGCCAUGGGCCUCAACACAAUCCGCCUCGAAGGCAAGCAAGAACAUCCGCGUCUGUACGCACUCGCAGAUGAAAUGGGCCUCAUGCUCCUCUCCGGCUGGGAAUGCUGCGACAAAUGGGAAGGCUGGAGUUACAACGACGAGGGCUCGGGGGAGAAAUGGUCGGACGCAGACUAUACCAUUGCGAAUCUUUCCAUGCGCCAUGAAGCGGGCAUGAUGCAAGCACACCCAAGCAUCCUAGGCUUUUUGGUCGGCAGUGACUUUUGGCCUGAUGACCGCGCUACACAAAUCUAUGUUGAUGCACUCAGAGACAUGAACUGGGAUACACCUAUCCUCGCAUCGGCAUCCCAGCGCGGCGCCCCUGAUGCCCUGGGCAACGGCGGCAUGAAAAUGGACGGCCCGUACGACUGGGUGCCGCCGAAUUACUGGUAUGAUGGCGAGCAGCGACUUGGUGCGGCGGGCGGGUUUGGAUCAGAACUCGGUGCUGGGGUGGGUACACCCGAGAUCAACAGCCUGACGAAAUUCCUAUCUACCGAGGACAUGGAGGAUUUGUGGAAAGACCCGAAUAAGGGGUUAUACCACAUGAGCACCAACGUGUCGAGUUUCUACACGCGCCAGAUAUACAAUGAUGCGCUGUGGGCGCGGUAUGGGGAGCCGACGUGUUUGGCGGAUUAUUUGAUCAAGGCACAGAUGAUGGAUUAUGAAGCGACCAGGGCACAGUUCGAGGCGUAUCUGUCGAGGUGGAAUAGGGAUUCGGAACGACCAGCGACCGGCGCGAUUUAUUGGAUGUUGAAUAAUGCGUGGCCGAGCUUGCAUUGGAAUCUGUUUGACUACUACAUGCGGCCUGCGGGGGCGUAUUUUGGGAUGAAGAGCGCGGUGGGGAAGGGGAAGCAUGUUCUGUACGACUAUCAGGAGAGCGCGGUGUAUCUUGUUGAUCGUCAACUCGCCUCUGGCAACACACUCAACAGCACUGUGGAUGUCGAAGUCAUCGAUCUCUACGGCCGCAUUUUGUAUCAGAAAAGUGUUCAAGCAAAAGCGCAGCCAAACGCCGCCGUCAAGGUUGCCACGAUCGGAAGUCUGGCAAACGCAACAGACGUCAACCUUCUACGCCUGCAACUCAAGAAUGGAGACAACGUCCUGGACACGAACACGUACUGGCUCGCGCCCACACUCGACGAGAUGGAUUGGGACAACUCAACUUGGUACCAUACGCCCGUCACCACGUACUCGAACUUCACCGCGCUCGCCAAAAUGGCUAAGGCGGAUCUCAAUGUUACCUUUGACGGCAAGAAAGUUAGGCUUGUGAACAAGAGCGAUGUGCCCGCAGUGUUUGUUAGGAUGAAUUUGGUAGAUGGGGAAGGGCAGGAUGUGUUGCCGGUGAAGUGGAGUGAAAAUUACGUUACUCUUUGGCCUGGGGAGGAUAUGGAGGUGCGCGUGGAGUAUGAGGGGCAUGGAGCGAGGGUGGAAGUUGAUGGGCGGAAUAUCGCGAGGCGGACUGUUGAAAUGAGUGUGUAG